UAUUUACUUCCCGUUUGCUCCUCAUGCAACCACACCAUAUGAACCGAAUCAACUGCAGACUAUGAAGCAAUCAUUGGGAUCCGUAACAAUAUUGCCAACACAUCUCACUCUCAUCCUAAUUCCUCUCAUCCUCACACUCCUGACAUGCUAAGCGGGGUCUUAAACGCAUCUCAGAACGUCCGAGAUGGCAUCAGUGUUUUUAAAGGCCCACAGUCACCUCAGACAGGAAGUCCUAUAACAUGCUCUCCAGCACUCAAGAGAGAGGUGCUUGUCAAAAGAAGGAGCAGCUCAGGUACAGCACCUCCUCUGCAGUUUGUAGAUCCAUUAGAUCGUCUGGAGGUACACAUUGGAGAGACGGCCCGUUUGAAGUGUGUGUUCAAAGGCAGCUCUCCUGUAGCUUCUUGCUGGGUCUAUAACAAAAAAGAGGUGGCGGAAAGCUCCAGGUUUCAUAUUGAUUCCUGCAAUGAAAGCAGUUCUCUAGUGAUUUCUGAAGCCCUUCCUGAUGACUCCGGACGUUACACAAUAUUCGUACGAGAUCGCAAAAGUUCAGCCCAACACACAGUAACCCUGAAUGUCAUUGACCUGCCUCAGCCUCCAGCCUCCUGUCCCGUGGCGUAUCUCCUCUCCCCUCACUCUCUGGUUUUGUCCUGGUCUGGGCCGUCUUACGAUGGCGGCAGUGCUGUGACGGGAUACGUGGUGGAGGUUUGUGAAAGCCCAGGUGCGACUGACCAGUGGAGAGAGCUCACAGCCCAGUGCAAGAGCACCUCGUUCAGGGUGACCUCAGGACUCCAGCCUCAAGGAGAAUACUGCUUCCGGGUCAGAGCCUAUAACGCUGUGGGGGUCAGCGAACCCAGCCAAGAGUCCCAGCCAAUCAGGAUGGACAACCCAGGAGAGUCCUGUGAUGAGAAACCAGUGAAGUAUGUGACUGUGACCAUCAACACAGAGGAUAAACUUACUGACCACUACAACAUCCAGGAAAAACUCGGAGUAGGGAAGUUUGGCCAGGUGUUUCGGAUGACCCAUAAGGAGACGGGCCAUGUUUGUGCUGGAAAGUUCUACAAAGGUCGUCGGACAAAGGAGAGAGAGGCUGCGAGGAAAGAAGUAGAGCUAAUGAAUUUCCUACACCAUCCAAAACUCGUGCAGUGUCUUGCCGCAUAUGAUAACAAGGCUGAGAUGGUCAUGGUAAUGGAAUAUGUUGCUGGUGGGGAGCUGUUUGAGCGCAUUGUAGAUGAUAGUUUUGAGCACACUGAAGUGUCCAGUGUGGGAUACAUGCGUCAGAUUCUGGAGGGGAUUCAGUACAUGCACCAGCAAAACAUUGUCCACCUGGACCUCAAACCUGAGAACAUCGUCUGUGUGGACAGAACCGGGAUCCAGAUUAAAAUCAUUGACUUUGGACUCGCUAGCAAGCUGGAUCCUAACACACCUGUGAAGGUGAUGCACGGCACUCCAGAAUUUGUUGCUCCAGAGGUCAUCAACUAUGAGCCCAUCUGUCUGGCCACUGACAUGUGGAGCAUCGGGGUCAUCUGCUACAUCCUGUUGAGCGGUGAAUCUCCAUUCCAGGGUGAAAGUGACUCUGAGACUCUGGCUCUUGUGACAGCAGCGCAGUGGGAGUUUGAUGAGGAGAGCUUUGAAGAUAUCACCGACCUGGCAAAGGAUUUCAUUAGCUCUCUGCUCAGCAAAGAUGUCAGGCGCAGGAUGUCAUGUGAAGAAGCCUUGGCUCAUUCCUGGUUGGAGUAUACUUGUGUAGACAACAGCAGAAGCAGCACCAAAAACCUUUCCAAAAACAAGAUGAAGAAAUUCCUGACUAGGCAGAAGUGGAAGAAAACAGGCAAAGCUUUGCUGGCUCUGAAGAGGAUGGCUAUAUUGUCUAAACCAGAGGCUUCUGCAAGCUUGAGCCCUGUGGAUGAGACAGAGAAGGCACUGCAGUCUCUGGAGCUGAAGCUUCAGAGUAAACCUGAGUUCAGUAAGACUCCAUCUGACCUGACUGUCCCGCAGGGCUCCAGCGCCCAGCUCUCCUGUCUCAUCACAGGGUACCCUGACCCUGAGGUGGUCUGGCUGAAGGACGGUGAGCUGCAGGAGGAGUGUGUGCAGGUGGACUAUGAGGAGGACGGUAGCUGUACUCUCACCUUAGAGAACGUCUCUCUGCACCACAGCGGCCUGUAUUCCUGCAAAGCCACUAAUGUACUCGGGGAGGCACUGUGCUCUGCUACUCUUACUGUCGAGCAGAAAGACUAACACAUGAAAUCAUAAUGGCAUAAAAAAUCAUAUAAAUACACACACCAGACAGAUUAAAAUACACUGAUGCAAUCAAUGCCAAUAUAAUUAUGAACUGAAUGUUAAAACUGUAAUAAAAAAAAAUCUAAUUGACGCUAUUGUCAUUUAUUAUUACUUAUGUUUGUGAUUAAUGUUUAUUUUUAGAUUAUUAAUGGAUUUCGGUUUAAUAUCAUUGACUGUGAAUAGUUUUUAGCACUGUAUGAUCUUAUAAUUAUGCAUAUAUUUACAAACAGCCUCAUUUCAACCAGUGAGAGCCUAAAUAGAUUUAGUGAACUGUUUAAAGUCAGCAUGAAAUGAAAAUUCACCUGUUUACAAAUGCAUAAGUAUUUAUAUUAUUAUAUAUUAAUAUUGUUGUGAACAUUUCAUCCUUGCAUAUUUUUCUUUUUGCUUUGUAAUAUUUAAUCAAAAUGUCAUAACUCUAACUUUUCAGUGAGAAGUCAAACUUAUUUAGUCAUUUGGUCCGCUUAAAUCCACCCACAAUCAACUGCAAGCUCAUAUAGGACCAAGUCCCAGCCCUAUAUAUAUAUAUAUAUAUAUAUAUAUAUAUAUAUAUAUAUAUUUGUUUUUGUUUUUUUUGUUU